CGCUCCCGCCGGUUGGCCGCCUCCUCAGCGGUCUCUGCCGCCGCCGCCCCCCGAGUCCGCGCACGCGCCCCCGCCCGGCUCGCGCCCCGCGCCCGCCGCCCCCCGGCCCUCGCGCCCCGGCUGGGCCGCAGCAUGCAGCAGCAGCACCGGCGGCGGCGGCGGCGGCGGCUCUGAGUGAGGCGGAGCGCCGGGCGGGGGCGGGGCGGCCUGCGGGCCCCGCGCGGGGCGGUCGUGCCCGAGUGUCCAGCCCCGGCCCCACGCGGCCCCGCGGCGCCUUUGUUGCCGGGCGCCCGCCGCGGCGCCUGCCAGCGCGCAGAUGGUGGACGCGGGCGGCCGCCCGGGCGGGGACGGCUGGCGGAGGAUGGAGGCCGCGCCCGACGGCGCCGCGGACGUCGUGCCGCUGGACCGCUACGACCCGGCGCGCGCCAAGAUCGCCGCCAACCUGCAGUGGCUGUGCGCCAAGGCCUACGGCCGAGAUAACAUCCCCGAGGACCUCAGGGACCCCUUUUACAUCGACCAGUACGAGCAGGAGCACAUCAAGCCACCUGUCAUCAAGCUCCUGCUGGCGGGCGAGCUGUACUGCCGCGUCUGCAGCCUCAUCCUGAAGGGGGACCAGGCGGCCGCCCUGCAGGGGCACCAGUCUGUCAUCCAGGCCCUGUCCCGGAAGGGGAUCUACGUGAUGGAGAGCGACGACACCCCCGUGACGGACCCCGACCUCAGCCACGUGCCCAUAAAGAUGAGCGCCCACAUGGCGAUGGUGGACGCCCUCAUGAUGGCCUACACCGUGGAGAUGAUCAGCAUCGAGAAGGUGGUGGCCAGCGUCAAGCGCUUCUCCACCUUCAGUGCCUCGAAAGAGCUUCCCUACGACCUCGAGGACGCCAUGGUGUUUUGGGUCAACAAGGUCAAUCUUAAGAUGAGAGAGAUAACGGAGAAAGAAGGGAAGCUCAAGCAGCAGUUCCUGGAGAGCCCUGCUCACCAGAAGUCUCCCUCCAAGUGGUACUGGAAGCUGGUGCCCGUGCGCUACCGCCGAGAGCACCUGUCGGCGAGGCAGCCGCCCUACUUCCCGCUGCUGGAGGACCUGAUGCGAGAUGGCAGCGAUGGGGCCGCGCUGCUGGCCGUGGUCCACUACUACUGCCCCGAGCACAUGAAGCUGGACGACGUGUGCUUGAAGGAGGUCACGUCGAUGGCUGACAGCCUGUACAACAUCCGGCUUCUGAGGGAGUUCUCGAACGAGUACCUGAACAGAUGCUUUUACCUCACCUUGGAAGACAUGCUGUACGCGCCCCUGGUGCUGAAGCCGAACGUGAUGGUCUUCAUUGCCGAGCUCUUCUGGUGGUUUGAGAACGUCAGGCCCGACUUUGUCCAGCCCAGGGACGUCCAGGAGCUGAAGGACGCAAAAACAGUGUCACACCAAAAAAGCAGCCGGCCGCCCGUCCCUAUCUCCAACGCCACCAAGCGCAGCUUCCUGGGCUGCCCUGCGGCAGCGAGCCCGGCCGAGCCGCCAGCCGAGGAGCCUGACCCUCUGGGGAGAGGGGCCUCUGCCUUCAGCCCGUCGCAUCCCUUACUGCCCCUGCGGCAGCGGCAGCAGAGGGCGGCACCGGGGGAGGACCCGCCGGAUGAGCGACACCGGUCCAACUCCUUGACCCGCAUGGAUGGGCAGCCACGGGGAGCAGCGGUAGCGUGGCCAGAAAAAAAACACAGGCCCGCGUCUCAGCCAGCGCCUUUCGCGCUGCACCACACUGCGAGCUGCGACGCGGACCCCGGCUCUGGCGACAGUGUCAGCUUGGCCCGCUCCAUCAGCAAGGACAGCCUGGCCUCCAACAUCCUCCCCCUGACCCCGCAGAACCAGCCACAAACCCCCGCCCUGAGGGCCAGCGGGAAAAGCCUCCUGAACAAUGUCGACAUCGAGGACGAGGACGAGGAGCUCGUGGCCAUCGUUAGGACCAACGGGGCUCCCCACGGCAGUGACCUGGGCCCCACGACAAGUGCCAGGUCUCCCCAGAGGCCGGCGGGCCCCUUAGAGAGCAAGCCCGACAGCUUCUUCCUGGAGCCGCUGAUGCCGGCCGUGCUGCGGCCCGCCAAGGAGAAGCAGGCGGUCAGCAAGGAGGACGAGUGCGGGGAAGGGCGGCUGCGGGGCUGCGCAGCCAGGAGGCCCGGCGAGGGCCCGCCUCUGGGGCGGAGGAAGGCGCCUGGCAGCGGCGGCCCUCGGGACCUGAAUAGGACUUUCACCCCGAUUUCCUCGGCGGAGCUGUGUGCUGAGGUGGGGCUGCCGGCCGGGGAAGCCCGCGGGGAGCCUCUGGCCAGCGGCAGCUUCCAUCCUUCGUCUCAGGGACAGCCCCCCGGCGGCUUCUUUCUUCACGGGGCCGGAGCCGACGAGGCCCCGGGGGGCAGGCCGCACGGCGGCCGGGCAAGAAGCCCGCUCGCCCGCGACCCGGAACCGUGGGCCGUCCUGAGGCAGGACUCCGACUCGGACGUCGCCGACCUGGAGGAGGCCGAGCACGACUUCCUCGGGGAGGACCUCCCCGUGCUGAUGGGGCGGGACGCGGGCGAGGAGGAGUCGGCCAAGCUGCAGGAGGACAUGCAGGUGAAGGAGCACGAGGACAAGGACGGCGCCAGCGGCCGCUCCAGCCCCUGCCUGAGCACCGUCUCCCAGCUCAGCGGCGCCUCCGUGGCCAGCGGGAGCGCAAGAAUGACCAGCUUCGCAGAGCGGAAGCUCCAGCGGCUCAACAGCUGUGAGACCAAGUCCAGUACGAGCAGCUCCCAGAAGACCACGCCGGACGCCUCGGAGAGCGGCCCGGCCCCGCUGACCACGUGGAAGCAGAAGAGGGAGCAGAGCCCCGGCCGGCAGGGCCGGGACCACGCCAGCCUCCUGGCCUCGGAGCUGGUGCAGCUGCACAUGCAGCUGGAGGAGAAGCGGCGGGCCAUCGAGGCCCAGAAGAAGAAGAUGGAGGCGCUGUCCGCCCGGCAGCGCCUGAAGCUGGGCAAGGCCGCCUUCCUGCACGUGGUCAAGAAGGGCAAGGCCGAGGCCGGUCCCCAGCCCCUGAAGCCGGAGCCCGACGAGGAGGACUUCAGCGGUGCUGUGUCCAAAACCGAGGCGCUCCUGGCUCGGGAGCAGGGCCGGGGAGACGCGGGCGAGUGUCAGGACGCGGACAGAGAGGGCCUGGCGCUCCUGCAGCAGCACAGGCAGGACCCGGCCGCGCUGCCCGAGCUGGAGAAGAGCAAGGCGCUGUCUGCGGCCCUCCUGGAGGUGGCCGGGGACGGGCUGGACACGGGCGAGGGGGACCUCUCCAUCGAGAAGCUCAACGAGACCAUCAGCACGCUGCAGCAGGCCAUCCUGAGGAUCUCCCAGCAGCAGGAGCAGCUGCUCAUGAAGUCCCCUGUGCCCCCCGCCCCCGGGGCCCGAAACAACGCCGCGGACCCGAAAGUCAAGGCGUCCAUCCACUUUGUGGAGCCUCUGUCUCCCACGGGGGUGACGGGGCACCGCAGGCCUCCCCGUCUGGGGCAGGGUCGGAAUUCCCGGUCGGGGAGACCCGCUGAGCUCAAGGUCGCGAGAGACAGGCAGCAGGGCUCCCGAAGUAAGACCCCGACGCCCAGCGUGGAGGCCCUCCCGCACCUGCGGCCCUUCCCGCCGCGGACGCCCCCCGACCCGGGCUGGGACGGGGCGGCAGACCCCGGGAGUGACCCCCCCGAGAAGGGCUUCUUCGACAGCUACCGGCUCCACGAUGCCAGCAACCAGCGGGCACUCACCUUGCCCUCGCCCAAAGACGCCAACAUCCUGUCGGAGCAGAUGAGCCUCAAAGAAGCUCUGGGCCUGGGCCUGAAAGAGGCGGGGCUCGGGGCCCCCGCUGUCUCGGGAGAGGAGGGCGUCCCCGCGGACGGGCCGGCGCGGAGCAAGGCCAGCCUCAUCGAGGUGGACCUGUCGGACCUGAAGGCCCCCGAGGAGGACGGGCCGACGGGCCCCGAGAGCUCGGUGGACCUCAGCACGGACGGCGACCAGAAGUCGGGUGUCGGCUUCUUCUUCAAGGAUGAACAGAAGGCGGAGGGUGAGCUCGCCAAGAAGCGGGCCGCCUUCCUCCUGAAGCAGCAGCGCAAGGCUGAGGAGGCCCGCGUGCGGAAGCAGCAGCUGGAGGCGGAAGUUGAGCUCAAGAGGGACGAGGCCAGGCGCAAAGCCGAGGAAGACCGGAUACGGAAGGAGGAGGAGAAGGCGCGGCGAGAGCUCAUCAAGCAGGAAUACCUGCGGAGGAAGCAGCAGCAGAUUCUGGAGGAGCAGGGACUGGGCACCCAGAAGGCAAAGCCGAGAAAGCCCCGGCCGAAGUCCGUCCACCGGGAGGAGCCGCGCGGCGACUCGGGAACCAAGUGCUCCUCCACCCCGGAGAACCUCAGCCGGGCCCAGUCGGGCUCCAGCCUGUCCUUGGCCUCUGCGGCGACGACCGAGCCCGAGAGCGUCCACUCGGGGGGCACGCCCGCCCCGCGGGUUGAGUCCCUGGAAGCCUUGCCCAUACUGAGCCGCAACCCCAGCAGGAGCACCGACCGGGACUGGGAGACGGCGUCCGCCGCGUCCUCCCUCGCCUCCGUGGCCGAGUACACAGGUCCCAAGCUCUUCAAGGAGCCCAGCAGCAAGUCCAACAAGCCCAUCAUCCACAACGCCGUCUCCCAUUGCUGCCUGGCCGGGAAGGUGAACGAGCCUCACAAGAACUCCAUCCUGGAGGAGCUGGAGAAGUGCGAGGCCAACCACUACAUCAUCCUGUUCCGUGACGCCGGCUGCCAGUUCCGGGCGCUGUACUGCUACUACCCCGACUCCGAGGAGAUCUGCAAGCUCACAGGCACCGGGCCCAGGAGCAUCUCCAAGAAGAUGAUCGACAAGCUGUACAAGUACAGCUCCGACCGCAAGCAGUUCAACCUGAUCCCAGCCAAGACCAUGUCGGUCAGCGUGGACGCGCUCACCAUCCACAACCACCUGUGGCAGCCCAAGCGGCCGGCCGCGCCCAAGAAGACCCAGGCGCGCAAGUGAGGCGGACAGGCCGAGCGGUGCCCACACCCAUCCUCAUUCUCGCCCGUCGGGUACGGAGUGCAGAGUCCCAGACCUUGAAGAGACUGGACAGAGGGCAGGGUCCCUUCCCGCCCAGGAGCCAGAAGGAGCGGGAGGGUGCACGCCGGGUCCGGGCCAGGCUGCUGCCGUCGCACUGUCCCCAGGGCUGUCGGUGGCCGUGCGUGCGUGCGGCAGGUUCCUGUUACUUGAAGUCCAUCAGCGUAAACCACAGCGAUUCCCUUUGUCUCUGCCCCCCGCCCCCGCCCCACCCCCCUGCACUCGGCCCAGCCCCUGCGGGCGGCGACCUCGGGAGGAGACGGUUCUCUCUCGGGAGCUCGACCGCCUCCAGGAAAGGAACGCGCCCCUGGGGUCUCGUUCCCUUGGAAACUGAUAUUUAUUGAUGGUGUCAACUGCCAACGUGUCCGUCCAAUCCCAAGGUUUCUGAAAACGAUGCUCGUUCUUGCUGCUCAGAAGUUUACGAGACGCUCAGCCAUGGGCGCUUCUCCCACUCCGCCGCACCGAGGGCUGCGGGACGAGGGGCGUGGGCCUGGCCGUCGGGCGAGGAGGGUAGGACGCUGGUGGCUUGUCCACGGGGAUAAAGGCAGGUCUGGGUAAAGCACUUGGCCACUCAACAUGUUUCUCUGAGGAGGUGACCCCGGAGUGGCUCCCUUCGCGUUUCUGUCCGACUCGUCCGUCUCGGCGCCUGCUUCUGGCGGAGCGGCGCCUGGAGCGUGCGUCCUCGCCCACGCUGGCCACUCGGUUUGGCCGCCGACUUAGAACCUUCACACGGUCACGUGCUGUGUCCUCGGAGCUCCGAGGACGUGGGAGGCUCCGGGCCUCAGAGCAGACGUUCCCCGGCCCCUGCGUGACACCCGCUGCUCCGGCUGCCGCAGCCCCUGGAGUCACGCGUGUUGGUUUUGCACAUGUUUUCUUGGGAGUGUUACUUGAAUCUGUCUCCAACUGCAGAACAAAGCGAAGGUCAGUAGAGAGGACGUCCGAUGAUGUGACUGUCCCGUAGUUGUAGGUGGAGCGGGGGCAGGGGAAACGGUACGAACCCUGAAGGGAUGUAGGGACCCCCGACCCCUCCGCUCCCCGGUCUCCCCAGCUCCCAGGGGCCGCUGGUCGCAUCGUGUGUGCGGUGGGAGGCCCCGUGAACUCUGGUACACGCCCUGCACAGCGUGCUGUCCCUCACUGUUUGAUAUUCUAUGAUAUUUAUUUUACGAAAGCACUGAACUGUAAUAAAGUGGACAACUGGCUUUUUAUGACGCA